CCGCGGCCCCGCGCUGCAGCGCCAGCCCGAGCCGAGGGCCGGGCGAAGCCCCCGGGCGCCCCUCGGGCUGCAAGGAAGGGGCAGCCAGGAGGAGCAAGUUUCUAGCGCGGGGCCGCCUGAGGAUGCGUCGCCCUUCAGCCCAGCCGCCGUCCGGGGGGCGCUGGGAGAGCUCCUCGCCGCCCCCGCGCCGCCCCGCCGGGCUCCGGAGCUGACGUCCCGGCGCCUCCUGCGGCGGGAUGGCGCAGGCGGGGGGGCCGGUGCGCCCCUGCCCCCGCGAGGGCUGCCCCGCCGCCAGCCCGGACCCCGGGGGGGCCCGCGGCCCCCCGCGCUGCCUCACGCCCAACCUCAACGCCGGCCGGCUCCACCUGCUGCGCAAGGGCCUGGCGCCCGACGCCCGGCGCUGCCCGCUCGCCCUCUACGGCAGCACGGGCUCCCUGGCCCGGCCGCCGGCGCCGGCGGGGAGCCCCGGGGGCGCGGGGCGCGCCACGGCCCCCUGCACGCCGCGCCGGGGCAGCGCCAGCCCGCCGGCGGCGCCCCGCGGGCGCAGCUCCGUCGUCACCUUCCGCUUCAUCGAGAAGGCCAGCGUGCGGACGCUCAACGGGCUCCCGGCGCCCCGGCCCCGGCGGGAGGACAGCCCCGGCGGUGGCGGGGGGCCCGGCGGCGGCUCGCGCACCGCCCCUGCCUGGCCCCAGCUCCAGGAGCAGCUCGCCCGCGGGCUCAAGCUGGAGGCCUCCGCGUCCGACCCGCUGCUGGCUGGGAGCAGGUCGCCGGGGGACGGGCGGCCCGGCGGGGACGCCUGUGCCCUGAACGCCAGCUGUCUCUUCAGCUCCCUCGCCGACGGGCUGCAGACCCCGCCGGGCCACCCGGCCGCCUUCGCCAGGAGCCCGCUGAGCCCGCAGCCCCGGCGGCAGGGAGGCUCGUGGGCCUGCGCCCGGGGCAGCUCGGCCCACGCCCAGCGCGUGGCCAGGGCCAAGUGGGAGUUCUUCUACGGCUCCCCGGACGCGCCCAGGACAGGCUGCUCUGCCCAGGAGGCCCCCGACGCCGCUCCCCUCGCCGAGCCCCCGCAGCAGCCCAGCCGCUUGCCGCCUGCCGAGCCGCAGAGGUUGGUGGCUGAGCACGGCCUGAGCCACGUGGAGGUGGAGAUAGAGAUGUCUCCUCCAGGCUGCAAGAAGCCUGGUUUUUGUGAGACUGGGAUUAUAAGGAGGACGGUGAAGUACUCUGAGACAGACCUGGACACCGUGCCGCUGAGAUGCUACCGUGAAACCAACAUUGAUGAUAUUCUGGCUGAGAAGGAUGAGGUGGACUCGGCUAUUGAGAGCCAGAAGGACAGCGAGAGCAACCCGAGCUUCGCGGGCACACCAGGGAGGAGGGACAGCACGCCGGAGGAGCCCCCUGCCCAAGGUGCUGCUGAGCACCGGGCCAAGGGCACAACGAGCGGCGUGCGGGGCGGCAAGGCAGAUGAGGAUGACGAGGUGUUUGAAGCGAUGAGGCAGAAUGGGCAAAGGAUCAUGGAUCAAGAAACACAGAGUAUGCUCAAGUCUCCAGUGCCCUUUCUCCUAGGGCACAGCCUCUCCAAGGAUGGCAUGGAUUCUUUCAGCAAGCAUUUUGAGAGCAUCAUGGAGUCCCAUCGAGCCAAAGGCACGUCUUACACCAGCCUGGACUCCAUCGACAUCCUUUCCUCCCCAGCCCGCACCCAUGGGACCAUUUUCACCUUUGACCUCCCAACCCUCACCCCAGAAGUACAGGGACAGAUUCAAGACAGCGCCAAGCUGAUUGAGGAGAACUUUGCUCCUCUGGCUCACUUGGAGCCAGACUCUGGGACCAGUUCGGCCACAGAUGCUCCAUGGACUGAGAGGGAGGAGGAGCGAGGAAGGCAAGGGAAAGGUGCUCGGCACAGCCCUUGUCACUCAGAGGACAGCUUUGGUACUCCCUUGGCCUCCAACAUGAGCAACCACCCCCUGAGCCAGCUGGUUUCUGACUCAGACUCGGAGAUGGACAGCAUGGAGCAGCUUGCUCUGGGCAGCACGGACACCCUCUCCAAUGGGCACAAAGCUGACCUGGAGGCUGCCAAACGCCUCGCCAAGCGACUCUACAACUUAGAUGGCUUUAAAAAAGCAGAUGUGGCCCGUCACUUGGGGAAGAACAAUGAGUUCAGCAAAAUGGUGGCAGGGGAAUAUCUGAAGUUCUUCGUAUUCACAGGGAUGAGUCUGGACCAAGCUCUCAGGUCCUUUCUAAAGGAGCUGGCCUUGAUGGGAGAGACACAAGAGCGAGAGCGAGUGCUGGCUCAUUUUUCCCAACGUUAUUAUGAGUGUAAUCCCAAUGCCAUCUCUUCUGAGGAUGGAGCGCACACGCUGACCUGUGCCCUGAUGCUGCUCAACACAGAUCUUCAUGGACAUAACAUUGGGAAGAGAAUGUCCUGCUCGGAUUUCAUUGGCAACUUGGAGGGGCUCAACGGAGGCAAUGAUUUCCCCAAGGAGCUGCUCAAGGGGCUGUACGGCUCCAUCAAGAACGAGAAGCUGCAGUGGGCCAUAGAUGAAGAGGAGCUGAGAAAGUCCCUCUCAGAGCUGGCUGACCCCAACCCCAAGUCCAUCAAACGCAUCAGCAGCUGCAGUAACCCCUUCCUGGACUUCUCACAAGACCCCAGCAUCGCCACCUACAAGCACGGACUGUUAGUGCGCAAGAUCCAUGCUGAUCCCGACUGCAAGAAAACCCCCCGCGGCAAGCGCGGCUGGAAGCCGUUCCACGCCAUCCUGAAGGGGAUGAUUCUCUACCUGCAGAAGGAGGAGUAUAAGCCAGGGAAAGCACUGGCAGAGGAGGAGUUGAAGAACGCUAUUAGCAUCCACCACUCGCUUGCCACACGAGCAUCUGACUACAGCAAGAGACCCAAUGUCUUCUACCUCAGGACAGCUGACUGGAGGGUCUUCCUCUUCCAAGCACAGAACCCUGAACAGAUGCACUCCUGGAUCACACGCAUCAAUGUGGUGGCAGCGAUGUUCUCCGCGCCUCCCUUCCCCGCAGCCAUUGGCUCCCAGAAGAAGUUCAGCCGCCCGCUGCUGCCCUCCUCCUGCACGAGGCUGUCGCAGGAAGAGCAGGUGAAGAGCCAUGAGACCAAGUUCAAGGCAAUGUCAGCAGAGCUGGUGGAACACCGCUCCUCACUGCCAGAGAAGAAAGUGAAGGGCAAGGAGUAUGAGGAGCUGAAGCAAAAGGAAGAGUAUUUGGAGUUCGAGAAAUCCCGCUACGGCACCUACGCCAUGCUGCUGCGAGCCAAGCUGAAGGCCGGCUCCGAGGACCUGGCGGCGUUUGAGUCCACGCUCUUUGAUGCAGUAGUGAGUGAGGACGAUGGCCUAAAAAAGUCCCACUCUAGCCCGUCCCUCAACAUGGAGCCCCCCAGUACGGGCACCAAGGUCAAACGCAAUGUCUCGGAGCGUACCAGCCGCCAACCCUCCAGCCAUCCCCAGAAAUCGUAAGUGAGGGGCAUCAGCCACCUGCACUGCAGCUCCAUUCCUGCCACCAGGUGCUGGGGAGGACAACAAGUGCCCGCUGAGACCCUGCAUAAGUCCAUCCUUCUUGGACACACGCCGCAGGGCAUGACAGCCCUCACCCAGCUGCCGGCCCCAGCCAAACAGGUCUGUGGCACCCUCCGGCCACAUCUGGGCCCCUUUGGAGGUGGAUGCAGAGCAGGACCGUUCCCAGUCCUUGCCUGUGGGAGUUGCCCAUAGGGUUGCCUCUGUCAGACUUGCACCCUCUCCCCCACUGAACUGGGCUGCAGUUCCCUCCCUUCCCUGGGGAGGAGAAACUAUCCAAAAGCCACUGCCUGGGCUAAAUUCUUUAGUGUUAAAAAAAAAAAAAAAAAAAAAAAGCCAGGGGCUGAUUUCCUCUAGCUAGGCUCUGCUGUGCCAUGUGGGACAGAUUGAACUGGGGUGGGGGGAGAAGCUGGCCAGGGCUUGGUGAUCUGUUGCGGCCGGCCCUGGCCCUUUUCCCAAAGGCUGGUGGCCAGGCUGUGCCAAGGCCACGGGGGGGGGGGUGAGGCCUUGCCCCCUCCCUGCUGCCCCAGCCGCUCCCACACCUGCUGCUUUCUUACAACUUUUGAAGUUUUUUGUGAUACAGUUUUGCACUUUUUAGUACCAGAUCGAGCUGACCACAAGGGAGUUUUGCCGGGGGGGGGGGGUAGGAGGGAUAAUUUUGAUGCUUUUGGGGAACUGUAAAAAACCAAAACAAAACAAACUUGGCCCUUUCCUGUAGACACUGCACUUAUUUGGGGAGGGGAGGGGAGAAGGGGCUGUUCUUUUUUACAGGGACUCCAGGGGAGACAGCACUUCCCCCAGCAGCCAGCUAAGCCCAAGGGGACCUGCUGCGCCCUGGCCAGCCUGUGUGAGCCUGCCCGCUCCGCUCCUGGCUCCAGCACCAGCAGCCCUCCUGGAGAGACCGGCCUGGCGGGGCCCUACCGCCGGCUGGCGCCGAGCGCACAGCAGGAGAGCACAGUGCCUGGCCUGAGGCAAGUGGCACUAUCAGCCGGCACCGCAGGGUGCUGUUCGGGUGCUGCGCGAGCAUGGGCACAGUGCCAGCAGCUGGGACCAGGCCCAUCCCCCUCCUGCUUUAGCUGGGUGUAGGCGUAGUGCCCCCAACAGGUUAGCUAGCAGCAUUUAAGUAUUGUUACAGUUAGUGGGGAGGGAGAGCACAGAGCUAGUUCUCAAGCUGGCUGGGAUAUGAACCCCUGCUCAGGGCUCAGGUGGCUGGGCAAGUACACUUACUUGGGGCCUGCCCCUGCCUGCUAGGGCUGGCAGAGCCUGGAGCUGGCGUUCCUUCUUUUGGUGCUGGUGCUCCAAGGUAUUUAGUGCAAGGGGCCCAGAGGCUACUAGCAAGUUCUCAUGCAGCCAGCAGCAUGGUCCGAAGCUCAGAAGCAGGCAGAAGUGCUAGCGAAGGAGAAGCAGUGGCCAGAGCCCAUUCCUCUGCUGCAUGAUCCAUCUUCGUCAAGGUAAGCAGCAGGCUGGUGUAGCCCAUACCACCCUAAGGCAGGCAAGAGGUACUCCUGCGCACUGGCAGCAGGGAUGCUAGUCCCAGGGGACAAGGGGCAGCCGUCCUGCAGCGCUGGUAUUUAAGUCAUGACAGCAGGAACACUAAGGGUACUUGCAGAGGGCUCCAGUGACCAGGAACAGCAGAAAGGCUGGGGAGGGAGGCUGUAAGCAGGCACUGUUCUUGGCUGCCAGGCACUCAGCUGGUUUCAGCGCUGACUUUGUGAAUGUGUCAAACUUUUUAUUCUGCUCUUCUGAGUCUAUUGCAAAAAAAAAGGGGGGGGAGAAGAAACCCACCCUUGCCUCAGGUGGCUUGGGGCAGGGAAAAAGAGAGAAAAAAAAAAACAACUUUGUACAGCUUCUUCUGUUGGUUACUGAAGUAAAAACGUGCUCUUCA